AUGGAGGUGCCAGGGGGCGCGUGCAUCCUCGCCUUGGCUUGUGUGCGCAGGAAAGAGGGAAGAGGACAGCGUGGCCUCCCAUCCCCGUCUCCCCGACCGGACCCGCGCCUUCCGGAGCCUUGGCGCCAGCCAGCCCCAUUCAGUGGCCGGGCCCGGCUCCCCCGCAGUCCCGGGUCUGCCCGGGGUGGGGGCCGCGGCCUCGAUGACCCCGGCCCGCAGCGGCCCGGCCUGUCCCGUCCACUUAGACAAAUUGCGGCUGACAGGCGCGCAGUCUCUCUGGAGUCGCCGCCCGCCCGUCGCCUCCCUCCCGACCCAAUUACCCCGCGCAGGGUCGGGCCAAGUGGCUGGGACGGGGCGGGGGGCGCGGGAGGCGCGACCUCUUCGCCGCCGGUCUUGAGCGAGGCCUGGCGGCGGGGCCCCUUCUUCCGGUCAGGUUCUGGGGGGUACCCGGGAACAGCACGGCCCCUGGGGUCCUGUCCCCAGGCUUCCAGGCUGGCGGGAGUCCCGGGCUGGCAGCUCUGGCCUGGGACUACCCGUCCCUCGAGGGUGGUCGCUCUGCACUUUCGAGGGCAAGCAAGGUCGCAGGGCCUCAAGACCCAGUGCGUGUCCCUGCCGGACUUUGGGUGA